UGUGUGUGUGUGUGUGUGUGUGUGUGUGUGUGUGUGUAUGUAAAUUCCCUAGAAGUAAAGUACAACUCUUCAGACAUUAUAUAAUGAUCAGAGCGGAGAUUCCGAACUUCUCAAACCUCCGCCCACUUCCUCAAACUUUACAUGCGCACACAUACACACAGUGUACAUACACAUACACACAGUAUACAUGCACACACACAUAUAUACACACGCACACUGUAUAGGGACGGGUAUUGUUUCUCCGUUAUCUCUAAGGACUGUAAAAGCGCUGGGAUGCUGAACCGGAUCGCGGAUCUGCCCUUCCUCGUGCUCGCGGUGAGCUGCGCGAGCGCUGCACGGCUUCCUCUCGUAGAAAGUCCGAACGACCGGCCGGUGAUCGGUAUUUUAACUCAGGAGGUUAAUGACCCUAGUCUGCUUCCGUACGGAAGAACCUACAUACCCUCGUCUUACGUGAAGUACAUCGAGUCAGGUGGAGCACGUGUGAUUCCCAUCAGACUGAAUCAGACCAGAGAAGAGCACGAAAAGAUCUUCCAUUCAGUCAACGGGCUUAUAUUUAUCGGUGGUGCAGUGGAUCUGGAAACAUCUGACUUCGCCCACACCGCCGGACUUUACUUCAGACUCGCACUUCAGGCCAACAAUGAGGGUGACUACUUCCCAAUCUGGGGGACAUGUAUGGGCUUCCAGCUGCUCACGGUACAGGUGGCAGGAGAGAACCUGCUGAGCAAAACCAUGGCAGAAAAUAUCUCAAUGCCCUUAAACCUCACCUCAGAGGCCCGGUCUAGCCGCAUGUUUGCGAGUUUUCCUCCCGAGCUGUUCAAGGCACUAUCAGAGGAACCACUCACUGGAAACUUCCACCAUUACGGCAUUACAGAGCAGGUAUUUGUAGGAAAUAAGAAACUGAGUAGCUUCUUCACUAUAUUAUCCACUAACAAGGCAGAGAACGGAGCUGUGUUCGUCUCCACUAUGGAAGGGAAGAAGUACCCGUUCUACGGUGUCCAGUGGCAUCCAGAAGUGAACCGUUUCCAGUGGGACCCUCACUACAGUUUUCCUCAUUCCAAAAACGCUGUCCAAGUGUCUUCACUACUGGCACAGUUUCUUGUGAAUGAAGGAAGGAGAAGCUCUCACCACUUCAGUCAGCCAGAGGAGGAGACUCGAGCCCUUAUAUACAAUUAUAAUCCUGUUUAUACAGCAAACUUUAGUUCAUAUGAGCAAGUUUACUUCUUCUAACUCAGUCCUCAGUCUCAUUUUUAUACAGUAUGUGUGGCUGUUCUUUUGGGGUUUAUUACUGAAAUGGUUUCCAUUUUUAAUUAUAUUAAAAAAAUUAGGAUGCCGUUACGUCUUUAAAUGAAGAGUUAAUGAGAUCCAUAUGAUAAAGCACAAUUAACAUUCAAACUGUAUGUGUCCAGUGUCUUAUGUUUUCUGAACAUGCACGUUAGUCUGUCCUCGAGCCUUUUCUGCUUUACCAGAAGAGGGCAGAAUUUCACAGGGAAAGGGAAUUAAAAAAAAAUACUCGAUUGGAAGAUUGGGGGUUCAAGUAUCAGCACCGCCAAGAUGCCACUGUUGGGUAACUGAGCAUCGCCCUUACCCCUCACACCUGCUCCAGGGGCACUAUGUAUCAUAGCUGCCCCGGUGCUCUGACCCCAAUCUCCUCAGUUCGGAUGUGCGAAGAAAAGAAUUCACCUGUGCUGUAAUGUAUAUGUGGUGCUAAUAAAGACUUCUAUGCCCCAA